AUGGUACCGGAACAAGAAACUGGAGGAUCGAUAGAGCGAUCCCGGAGACAGCUCUCUACUUCGGCCCCCUGCCCAACCAACAACGAAGCAGAGCCCAUAAAGGAAUCCGAGGUGCCUGCACCAAGCCAAGAGGAGGCGGCGCAGGAGAUUACACAGUCAUCACAAGUAUCGCCUCGACAGUGUGAGGCCGAGCCUCGUGCCUCGGCGCCUGGAUCUGCCCCUCUAACCCGCAAUCCUUCGUCCGACUCUGCCAUCUCCGUAGGAGGUGUCUCAUCCUCUCCCACCCCCGAGCCCAGCCUUCCAUCAUCCCACCACACACAGCGUCUUGAGCCGCCAGUCACAAAACUUACAUUGAGCGAGCUUGAUGUCGCCAAAAUCAUUCACAACCCCAAACUCCGCCACGAUAUCAAUUUCGACCCUGAGCUCCAUUUCCGCCCCAACAUCGAUGGUGAAAAGGGCCGGAGAAAGCAUGAAAAGGCAAACCAGUUUUGGAGGGCGCUGAAACAGGAGCUAUCAGAGUUCAUCAUCGACAGGCCUACAUUUAUUUACAAGCAUGGCGAGAAAGAUGACUGGACUCUGCCCGUCUUGCUCAACGCGGUCAAGGAUAUCAUCCAGACACUGGUUCCCCAGCGAGACCGCCUCUUCCUGGACGAGGGCUUGGAUGUCAAAUUGCUCAUGCGACAGUUCCACAAGGGCGUUGCCGAUCUUGAGAAGCUUGCCCAAUGGCUAUCGAAUGUGCUGAAAUCACACUGCGCUCCCAUGCGUGAUGAAUGGGUCGAUGCCAUGUACAACCAGCUGAGCAAUGGAAACAAGAACAUGGACCUCGACGAGCUCGUCACCGGAAUGCGAAGCCUAUUGAAUGUCCUGGAAGCCAUGAAGCUGGAUGUCGCAAACCAUCAGAUUCGCUGCCUGCGACCGGCAUUGAUCGAGGACACAAUUCACUUUGAGCAGAAAUUCUUUCUCAAGAGGAUGGAGUCAGGCAAGACUGACAUCAGAAUGUCAAGACAGUGGUAUAAGGAGGCAGAGCAGGCGUAUGCCGACAGCCGAAUGCAUCCCUCACAGUCCUUUGGUGAUAUGGGUGUAUUCUUCGAGGGCCUGUCUAGGCUUAUGCUUCCCUCAGCCUGGGAGGAACGGCUGCCUACUACCUUUACCUUUGACGAAGAGCGACUGAUGAAGCUUAGAGCCGACGCGCUGGACGCCAUCAACCUGGAGGUGUGCAUGCGUGUCUAUGAAGACUUUGAGAGAAUAGGACGUCGCACACCAGCAGCCCCUUCAUCUGAUUGCUCUUCCCAGAUGGAUGACAUCCUGGACCGAUUUGACUUCAACACUCCUCCGUCCAUCUCUAGGCCGUCAAGCGUUGUCCACAGCGCGGCAGGAUCUGCUUCUUCAUCUCCCAGGUCUUCGUUUGUGGUCCCUUCCUAUGUCGCCCCCAAGCGUGACACUCAGACCAAGGCUCGUGAGCUAUUCCAGACACUCGUUGCCCUGCUGCAGACUUCCCCACCGGCAAGUCAGCCCUCUGCACGAUGGCAAAUGAUGGCCCCGUCAAUGGCAUUACAAAUCUUCCGCUUCGUCAACUUGCCAUCCACCACCCUUCCUCUCUUGGAGGCCAAACUGGCUUCUGCUCUCAGCGACAUCGAUUCUCCUUACUACCGCGAUGCCGAGGAGAGCUUUCUCAACCGCCUGAUGGUCGAUCUUGGCGCUCGCGUCCGGGAAUUCAAGGGCCUCUCCGGCGUUGCCCUGUUUUCAGUUGCAACUGGCGUUCGAGUCCCCAGCCGCCGACCCGCCACGGCAGACCGCGAUACUGAUGGCGCCUCACGAGAGGCUUUUGACGAUGCCAGUGUCGACGACAUUGCUACCAGACUGGCACACCUCGGCGUUUUGCAUUGGCGUGUUUGGUCUCAGCUUGCGUACGCUGAAGAUGUCGAUCAAAUGACGGUUGAUGAUGACUCGAUGCAAAUUUAA